GCAGGUCUUGUUGUAGUGGGCUCUUUUACUGCCGUAGCAGGUGAUGCUGUAGCUCACACGGGGCUUGGAGAGCCUCCCUGCUUAUCUGGUUAUAAUUACAGAGACCGUGACCUGUUUUCAGCACUUCGGCUCGUCAACAGCUCCAGUGGAGAGACUUGACCAGCCCCGACCCCGCCCGGUACGUCAGGCAGAAGCGGGUUCCUCAGGGCGGCAGUUUCAGCACCAUCGGCCGGCCGAAGCGCAGCGGAGCUGUCCACACAUUCAGCACUUUUGUUGGGGAGGAGGAAACCGGACAGCAGGGACACCGAGGAAAAAUAGACAAGUUAUUAUCACCAUGGCGUCAAAACACGUUGGCCUUUUCGUCCUUUUCCAGCUUCUUGCCCUGAAUGUAGUGAGCCAGACAUCUGCCUUCCCCACACCUACACCAGCCUCAGCGGACGAUAAAACUGUGUACAAUAGACAGCUGACAGAAGAAAGACCUCUGCAAGAGCAGAUCGCAGAGGCGGACAGCGUGAAGGCUGCAGUACAGUCAGCUGAGUCAGAGCAGAACCACGAUGACUUCACCAUGCUCAAGUCGCUGGCUCAAGGCCCGAAAUCAAAGGAGACCACCGAGGUGCCUGCCAAUAAGAAGGACGAUCAGUACAUUCCUGACGAGUCAGAUUCCACCAAGAGCCGACGUCUCGCUGAGGACUAUGACUCCACCAAGAACGGGAUGGACUACGGCAAGUACCAGGACGACCCAGAAAGCUUCCGCCAAAUCGACGGCACCCCGCUGACGGCUGAUGCCAUUGUUCAGAAGAUUGCGAAUAAGAUCUACGAGGAAGACGACAGGGGAGUGUUCGACAGGAUCGUCUCCAAACUGCUCAAACUGGGGCUGAUCACCGAAAAUCAGGCAGAUACUCUGGAGUACAAGGUGGCAGAGGCUCUCCAGGAUCUCAUCACCAAAAACGCCAAAAACAACGAGAUUGAGGACGUUGACCAAGAAGCUAGAGGUGCUCAGGAUGAUGAGGAUUCUGACACAAAUGCGGACACAUGGGAGCCACCCAGGAGGCGCUACGAGGAGGAUGAGGAUGAGGAGGAUGAUGAGAUUGAAGACGAGGUGGACAGAGAUGCGGAAGAAGAUGGGGACAACGUCUGGGACAGGGAUGCUGACGACGGUAAUGAGGUGAGCCCUGAAGAUGGGCUCCAGGACCUGCAGUACUUCCCAAACUUCUACCGUCUGCUUAAAAGUCUCAACUCAGAACAAGACACCCAGGAAAGAGAGACGCUGAUCACGAUCAUGAAGACUCUGAUUGACUUUGUCAAAAUGAUGGUGAAGUACGGCACCAUCACGCCAGAGGACGGAGUGUCCUAUCUGGAGAACCUGGACGCUAUGAUAGCCAUGCAGACCAAGAACAAGCUGGGCAAACCUCUCCUGCCACCUGAGUUUACUGGACCAAACGGGAAAAACCUGGAUGAGGAUGACAACACCAAAGCUGAAGCUGCCAAGAUGAAGAAGGAAUAUGAGAACCUGAAAGAUUCGACCAAGGAAGAGCAGCCAUCAGCUGAGACCAAUCGGCCUGGCAAAUCCGAGACUUAUCUGGAGGCCAUCAGGAAGAACAUCGAGUGGCUGAAGAAACACAACAAAGAAGAGGGCAAAGAUGAUUAUGACCUGUCCAAGCUGAAGGAUUUCAUGGACCAGCAGGUUGAUUCAUACAUCGAGAAGGGCAUCAUCGCCAAAGACGAAGGAGACACCAUCAAGAGGAUCUACAGCAGUCUGUAACACUAUUGUCCAUCCUGUAACCAGCCCGGCCUAAAAACCACACACACCAGGGCUCAAUCUGAUAUGAAUAAUGCUCAAAAAAGCCCAGAUUACAACUUAUUAUUACCGAAGGCAUGGUAACGUAUAAAUGUUGUAUUCAAACCUACCUGCUUAGGGGAACUCCCGGAGAUUCCCAUAUGUAUUAAGAAAUGGGAAUUCAUAAUACUGUCAACACAAUAAAAAAAAAAAACCUUAAAUUAUUCCUUCCAGCUACUGAACUGAUUAUAUUUGCACGCCAAGAUCAGAGUAAUAAUCACUAGAGCUAAGAGGAAAAUCACACUUGUCAGAUUUUAGUGCUAGCUUUUACUCCAACCUGACUCCAAUGGGACAUGAAUGUUUUGGGUAUAAUGCCGUAGUUUUGUCAUAACUGUUUUCCAUACAAUUUUACAGCAAAACAUGCAUAUAUCAAGUUAUUCUCAUUGUAUUUAACCUGUGUUAGCCUACAUUUAUUUUUCCCCCUCCAGUGUAUGUGUAAGCUCCCAAUGUACUCUCGCUUUUUACUUUACCAAAAAUAUAUUUGUUGUGUAUGUCAGUGCCCUAUGUAUGCCUGUUCUGUUGUAAUCCCUCCAGAGCCCAAUAGGGGGCGGUGUCUGACUCAAUCAGUUCUCUCUGCAUGUCUUUUGAGUUCAACAUUUCUAUCUCUGUAGAGGAAAAACAGAUGAAGUAUUUUUAAAUGUAAAUAUUUGUGAUUUUUUCCUAAAGUUGUAAAAGCAAUUAAAACUUUGCCUUUUCUUUA